AUGACUUUCGAAAGCGAAGACGACCUACAGGUACAUUCCAUCCGUUGCCAUCGGAGCCGGCAGCAGUGCUCGAAGUAUCCGCCGGAGCAAUGCACCGUCUGCUAUCAGACGUUCACGAGCGCAAAAGCACUGGAACGCCACCGGGCGGACGCGGACGGGCAGCGAAAAGAAACCUCCCUGCAGUACCAGUGCCUCAUUUGCAACAGUCUCUUCACUCAGCAAGCGGAGCUGUUCGAUCAUCUUGAGUCUCAUGUAGCGGAGGUCUCGUCGAUGGAGACGAAUGACAAAGUGAGUGAAAUCCGGAUCGAGUUGCAGUCACCGCCGCCGGGGCAAACGAUGGAAGACGAUGGGGACCGGAUAGAUGAGGACAGUGUGGCCGAAACGUUAGGUGAAGUGUACUCAAUCGAGUUCGCGCCGGACGACGAAUCGUCCCAGACCGAAGAAUACAUCGAGGUGGACGCGAAGGAAGAAGAUGACGAACACGACGAUGGCGAGUACGGUGACGAGGAGGACACAGAUCGCGACAAGACACGGGUGGCAAAACAGGGGCCAAAUUGGCAGCAGUCCAAAACGCUGCUGCGGAAAGAAAUGUAUCAAAUACCGGAAAAGUAUCUGCGGAUCGUAUCGAAGAAGGAUGGCUAUAUGAUCGUAGAGUUAAAGCAGCACCGGUGCUGCUGCUGUGCCCAGUUUUUCGAAACUACUCACCAACUCGAGCAGCAUCUCAAGAAGCGCAACAAACGCCAGCAGCAAACGACGCCCAAAGAGCCGAAAGAGGAUUCGUCGUCCACUAGUCAUCGAUACACCUGCGAGUACUGCGGGAAACAGUUCAAGUUCCCGGUCGUUUACCAUUGCCACUUGCGCAUGCGGCGGCAACGGCAGUUCUACUUCUGCACGCUCUGCAAAACCGCGAUGGAGAGCGAAAAGCGUAUGCUGUCGCAUAUGGUGCACACGCAAAAGCACGCUGCGCACUUUAACCUACCGUAUGAGAAUAUUGAAGAUCGCUACUACUCCGUCAAAAUGCCCGGUGUGCGGUGCUGCGGAUGCGGGCAGCAGUUUACCGACGAGGAGGAGCUCACUGACCACGUCCGUGCGUCGCAUCCACCUGAAGCGAGCGAUCCCAAACGAUCGAGGCGUACGCAUCCCUUCGGAUGCGAUGUGUGUGGCCGUCGUUUCUCUCGCCAAUCGCAGCUCGAUAAUCAUACGGCCAUGGGAAUGGUAGACACACCGACGGGCGCUCGGACGCGCACUGUCUUGCAGUACUACUGCAAGUUGUGCUCGUUCGAUACCGCAUACCAUCGGCGAAUGGAGCUUCACCAGCGCAGUGCGAUCCACAGCCAGGUCCUGUCGACGAUGCGCCUUUGUCCGCUUCAAAACAGUGCCAUAAAGUUCGACCGGCUGCGCUAUUGUUGCUUCGAGCAGUGCAAGAAGUCCUUCACGGAUCUCGUUGAGCUGUAUGAACACGUUCGCGACAUCCACUCGGAAGCGCUGGCCAAAAACAAACGCACCGUACCCGAGCAGGAAGAAGAGAACGCCGCCACAAAAGCCGGAAGCGGCGCGGGUAUGGUCGAGUGUGAUGUUUGCGGUUUGCGGCUGAAGCACCAGACGGCGCUCAAAAGGCACCAAGCGUUGCAGGGCCCGCAGGAUUGCGUUUGCUCGGUCUGUGGCGUCAAGAAGCGAUCCCGCACCGUGCUGCUGGCACACGAGCGGACACACACCGGGGAGCGGCCUUACUCGUGCGAUGAGUGCGACAAAACGUUCUCCUCGUUCACGGCGCUCCGCUCGCACCAAAAGUGUCACCAGCCGCGCAAGCUAGAGUGCGACGUGUGCCAGGAACGGUUUGCACGGCUGGAAAAUCUGAAACGCCACGUACAGCUCAAGCACGGCGAAGCGACGCACCAGUGCCAGUCGUGCCCGAAGAAGUUUAAAACGCGCGAUACACUCAACAUCCAUUUGCGGACGCACACGGGCGAGAAGCCGUACAAGUGCCGGACGGAGGGCUGCGACAAGUGGUACGUGAACGUGUCGGACCGACGGCGGCACGAGAUGUCGAGCCACACGAUGGAGCGGCCACACAAAUGUAGCUACUGCGAGACUGCGUUCAUCCGGAAGCGCCAGUUGGCGAUUCACGAGCGGCGUCACACGGGCGAGCGGCCGUACGUAUGUUCCGAGUGUGGCAAGGCCUUUUUGGAAUCGGGGCUCCUGCGAAAGCACAUCCGAAAUGUCUGCCCGAAUGCCGCGAGCGAUGGAACGGUUGCGCCAGGAUAA